CGCCACAAAAAGCAAUCUUUUUCUUUUCGGUCCAACUAUUUUAUUUCAAUUUUGAAAUCUGCGUCCACAGUCGACGAACGCACUCUCUCUCCUCUCUCCUCUCUUUUGUGUCUGUAACGUUCCGACGGAUCAAAAGGAGUGCGCACGCACAUAAAGAAAUGGAAAGAGGAGACGUGGUGCAACGGGCGAGAGAGCGUGUCUGAGAUCGAGCGAGGGAGGAAAGCGGGCAGCCGCCGUGUGCAUGCGGAGACCGUUGCUGCCUUCAAUUACAAUUACGGUGGCUGCCUCCUCCGCCGUGGGGCAAAUUAAAUGGCGAAGGCGCUCGUCCUCCCCGUCUCCGUGAAGCGAGGGUCGUGUGAGUGUGCUCAUGUGCAAGGUCCAGCGCUCGUAAUCAUCUCCUUCACCAACUUCUCCUAUAUUAAAUGGAUGUGCUGUUGCUGAAUGCUUGCUGGUUAGAGAAGCCCACACAAGCCCUCUUCUCCUUUACCGGAUGAUGGCUUUCUUCUGCACACUCCAUUACUACCACCAGACAGCCCCAACCAGCAACCAUUACCUUUUCUGCUCCUUUUCCUCCUCAUUCUGAGUUUGUUGGCUCCCUCAAAAUCUUGUCUUCCGGUCUUGCCGUGGACAAGCCCUUUUUCUGUGGGAGCACGGGGAGGCGCCUGGAGCUGCUCAGAAUGGAUGAUGCGGCGGAAAAGGGUGAGAAUGGGGAACGCAAGCACGGAGAGGCGGCACUGGGAGGCGACCUGUUCAGUGACUCCGCAGAGGAUGAGUGCAGCGGCAGCAGUUCGAGCCUCGAGACCUCGUCCAGCGAGGAGCCACACGACCCUUGUGGUGGAGCCCAUCAGGGACCGUCGUCGGAGCAGUCGGCGGUGGCGCCGGGUUGGCCUCUGCAGAAAAGCUCCGUCUCUGACUUGGAAUUGGAUGAUGAUGACGAUGAUGGCAAAGCCCAUGAGCACCACCACCAUGGAACAGAACAUCUGAUGAAGCCCAAAUACUCAGAAAUCGAGAUGAUGAAGGAGAGGUUCUCAAAACUGCUACUUGGAGAAGAUAUGUCUGGCUGCGGCAAAGGAGCGUGCACUGCACUGGCAAUUUCAAAUGCUAUCACUAAUCUCUGCGCCACCAUCUUCGGGCAGCUAUGGAGGCUGGAGCCUCUUUCUUCUGAGAAGAAGACCAUGUGGCGAAGGGAGAUGGAGUGGCUUCUGUGUGUCAGUGAUCACAUCGUCGAAAUGAUACCCUCAUGGCAAACAUUUCCUGACGGGAGCAAGUUCGAGGUCAUGACCUGCAGACCAAGAUCGGAUCUAUGUAUCAAUCUUCCGGCGCUGAGGAAGUUGGACAACAUGCUCCUUGUAAGAUUUGAUGCAAACUCCAGCUUUGUGCUCUCAGCCUCUUCACUGUUCUUCAUCAGGAGUUGCUCUCUGCAGGAGAUACUGGACAGUUUCAGUGAUCCGGAGUUUUGGUACGUCGAUCAAGGGAUACUGGCGCCGGAUUCCGAUGGCUCGGCCUCCUUCCGACGAACCCUUCACCGGCAAGAAGAGAAGUGGUGGCUUCCCGUUCCUCGGGUCCCCCCCGGCGGCCUCCAUGAGAAGAAGAGGAAGGAGUUGCAGCACAAAAGAGAAUGCACGAGUCAGAUCCUGAAGGCUGCGAUGGCAAUCAACAGCAACAGUUUGGCGGAAAUGGAAGUACCCGAGUCUUACCUCAGUUCACUACCAAAGAAUGGAAGAGCAAGUCUGGGUGAUGUGAUCCAUCGAUAUGUUGCAUCUGAUCAGUUCUCCCCCGAAUGCCUUCUCGACUGCCUCGAUUUAUCGUCCGAACACCGAGUCUUGGAAGUCGCCAACAGAGUGGAGGCAUCCAUCUACAUCUGGCGCCGGCGAGCGGCCAUGAAACCAGCAAGCAGCAGCACCGCUAAAUCGUCCUGGGAAAUCGUCAAGGACAUGAUCGUAGACGCAGACAAAAGGGAGCUGCUUGCUGAGAGGGCCGAGACCCUCUUGCUGUGCUUGAAGCAGAGGUUCCCCAGCCUCACCCAGACAUCGUUGGACACCAGCAAAAUCCAAUUCAACAAGGACAUCGGCAAAUCCAUUCUGGAAAGCUACUCCAGAGUUCUGGAGAGCCUCGCGUUCAACAUCGUGGCCCGCAUCGAUGAUUUGCUCCAUGUGGACGACUUCUGCAAGCACUCGGAUCCGCUGUGCGCGGUUCCAGCGGUCAGCAUCAUCGCGCAGAAGAAGGUGACGGUGCCUGCCUCCGGCACUCCAUGCAUGACGGCUUAUGCGACGCCAUGCUUCUCGCCGGCGCCGCUAAUUAGCCCAGCAGGGCGAGAGAGGUCGCCAUUGAUCAACAAGAAGCCCAGCAGUCGGGGAUUCGGUGUGAAGAAAGUGCUGACCAGUUAUCUCAACGUCGAGCUGAGGACCAAAAGCCCCAUCGAUGCGACUGAGCCAUCGGAGGUGGUCUCAAACAGAUACUCUGAGAUCUCAUCAGCCUCUUGAGCGAGUUCACGAGGAAGGAGGUGAAGAAACAGCUGAAGUGUUAUACUUUGUGUGAGAUGUAUAUUAAACCUGUAAUCCUCCUCGGUUUAUGCUUCUCAGUAGUGUUGCAUCUGUGGGUGGAAAUGCUCUCUUGAAUGGAAUAUAUGUAGGGAUAGUGUGUUUUGUGCCUUUUUUAUUUUUCUCAUCAGAAUAAUUAGCAUUAGUAGAAAGGGUUACAUCUACAACUAUUAUCAUC